AUGAGUAUACGACCACUACAUCACAUUACCUAUUCAACACUUCGAUCCAUAAGCAAACAAAAUCUAAACAACGUAGGCACUAAAAAUUUAAAGCUCACGAGAUCUAUAUAUUUACAUAAGGGACCAAGGAUAGAAGGACUAAAAAAAGAUCCAAAAGAAGUAUUUAUCAAUUCAAGCGGUAUUGAAUACGGUUUAAAUGAUGAAAACAUUAAAUAUAUUAAAUCAUAUUUGGGAGAGUCAUACAAAAUUCCCGACGAAAUUGCAUUACAAAUCAUAACUCAUAAAUCAUUUGGUAAUGGAAUAAAACCAUAUAAUGAGAAAUUAGCAGCUAUGGGAUCAAAAUUAUUGAAUUUAAGCCUAGCAAAACAUGUAAUUAGUAUAUCACAACAAAACAAUAACUCAAGUCAAUCGUCAUCAUCCUCAACAUCUCCUUCACCAUUGUCAACAUCUUCAUCAUCUAACCCAAAGCUCCAUAUCAAUGGUUUAAAUUUAUCAAUACUAGGCUCACCCACAUCCAAAGAGUUGAGUAGUAGGAAAUCAACAGGAUAUUUUGCAAAAUUCAAUAAUUUAAACAAAAUAAUGUUUUGGAAAUCAAGAAAUCCAACAUUAGGUUUUGAAUCAAGUGGUGAAUUGAAAGUAAGUUCUCAAUUGAUCUAUUCAUUAGUUGGAGCAGUGAAUUAUUAUUAUGGGAAAUCAAAAGCAGAAGAAUUUAUUAAUGAGAAACUUGUGGAUAAAUUAACUGAUAUUACUUCAGAUAUUGUAAAUAGAGUUUAA